GGGGCUCGCCUGGAGCGGGAGCAUCUGUCCUGGCACGGCCUCUGGUGCCGGGGUACCCCUCUGAGCCACAGAGCCUGCUGGUGGGCUCUGCGCCGGAGCCGGCAGCGAGGCAGUUAACGGAGCUUGUCAUCUCCCUCUUAGGGCUUCGCUCCCGAGCUGCAGCUUGAGUCAGUUGUGUGGAGGUGGCAGCGGCGGCAGCUCCGGCUGGCACACCGGCUCCGGCUGGCACACCGACCCCAGACCCGUGCAGAGCCCAAGGCACCAGCACCCAGGGUUCCGUGGAGCCACUGGGACUGGAACCAGCACCCCACUUCAAACACGGUCCCCUCCACACGCCAGAACAUCCCACCGACGCGCCAGGGACCUGCCAGACCCCACACGCCUGGCACUGUGGGGCAGCGUGCCCCGGGCAUGACGGGUGCCUGCACGGCUCCCUGAGAGCAGCAAAGGCAGCAGCCGCCCCAUUGCCCCCCACAUGCCCUUCUCCCACGGAGCCGCCUGCCCCCCAUCUCGCCCGGCCCCCCAGCGCCCCAUGGGCACCGUGGGUGAGGCGCACGAGCCGUCCCCACAGGCCUCGCUGGCCGUGCUCUCCAAGGUGGAGCUGCGGGUGAGCUGCAAGCACCUCCUGGACCGUGACACGCUCAACAAGUCCGACCCCUGCGUCCUGCUGCUGAUGCAGUCCCAGGGACAGUGGACAGAGGUGGACCGCAGCGAGGUCAUCAAAAGCAACCUGAACCCCGUGUUCGCCAAGAUCUUCACGGUGGAUUACUACUUCGAGGAGGUGCAGAAGCUGCGGUUUGAGGUGUACGACAGCCACGGGCACGCCGGCGUGGGCACGCACGACGAUGACUUCCUGGGGGGCAUGGAGUGCACCGUGGGGCAGAUCGUGGCGCAGAAGAGGGUGACGAAGCCGCUGUUCCUCAAGUACGGCAAGUUCGCGGGCAAGUCCACCAUCACGGUGAUCUCGGAGGAGAUCUCGGGGAACAACGGGUACGUGGAGCUCGCCUUCCGGGCCAAGAAGCUGGAUGACAAGGACCUCUUCAGCAAGUCGGAUCCCUUCCUGGAGAUCUACCGCAUCGACGACGACCGCAGCGAGCAGCUCGUGUAUCGCACGGAGGUGGUGAAGAACAACCUGAGCCCCAUAUGGGAGCCCUUCAAGGUCUCUCUUAACUCGCUCUGCAGCUGUGAGGAGAAGAGGAAGCUGAGGUGCGUGGUGUGGGACUACGACUCACGCGGCAAACACGACUUCAUUGGCGAGUUCUUCACCACCUUUGAGGAGAUGCAGAAGGCGAUGGGGGAGAACAAGGUGCAGUGGGACUGCAUGAACCCCAAGUACAAGAUCAAGAAGCGCAACUACAAGAACUCGGGAGUCGUGGUGCUGCUGGACCUGAAGAUCCACAGGGUCUACUCCUUCCUGGACUACAUCAUGGGCGGCUGCCAGAUCCACUUCACGGUGGCCAUCGACUUCACCGCCUCCAACGGGGAUCCCCGCAACAGCUGCUCCCUGCACUACAUCAACCCCUACCAGCCCAACGAGUACCUCAAGGCGCUGGUCGCGGUGGGAGAGAUCUGCCAGGACUAUGACAGUGAUAAGAAAUUCUCAGCUCUGGGCUUUGGUGCAAGAAUCCCCCCCAAGUACGAGGUCUCCCAUGAUUUUGCCAUCAACUUCAACCCCGAUAACGAUGAGUGUGAGGGCAUCCAGGGCGUUGUGGAGUCCUAUCAGAGCUGCCUGCCCAAAAUCCAGCUCUACGGCCCCACCAACGUGGCCCCCAUUAUCUCCAAGGUGGCUCGUGUGGCGGCCAACGAGGAGAGGACCAAGGAGGCUUCACAAUACUUCAUCCUGCUGAUCCUGACGGACGGAGUGGUGACGGACAUGGCGGACACGCGGGAGGCCAUCGUCCGCGCCUCCUACCUGCCCAUGUCCAUCAUCAUCGUUGGGGUGGGCAACGCCGACUUCACUGACAUGCAGAUCCUGGAUGGGGAUGACGGCAUCCUGCGCUCCCCAAAGGGAGAGCCCGUCCUGCGGGACAUCGUCCAGUUCGUCCCUUUCCGGGAGUUCAAGAACGCAUCUCCAACAGCCUUGGCCAAGUGCGUGCUGGCGGAGGUGCCCAAGCAGGUUGUGGAAUACUACAGCUACAAGGCCUUCCCCCCCCGUUGCCCCCGCUCAGAGACCCCUGACUCCAACCUCAGCUCACCUCAGUGAGCCCCCCCCAGCGUGGUGUGGGGUCUGACAGGGUCCCCACCAUGCCCCAGACCUGCUUUAGCCCCCUCCUCGCCGGGCCAGGGGGCACACUGGGGGCCAGCAGCGUGUCCCCGCUGGCUAUGGGGAUAUGGGGACAGCCCCGGUGCCCUGGUGCAGGACUCCCUGGCCGGCAUUGCCCACUCCCGGUGCUCAGCACCACCCUGCCUGUUUCCGCUUGGUCCCUGUUGUCCCUGUGGUCCUCUCAGUCCCUGCUUGUCUGUUGCUGUGACAUUAUUUGGAGGCUGCAUGACACCCCCCCCCCGGUGUGUGGGGCCCCCCCAAUAAAGCGACCAGCCUUGUGUUCGUGCUAUGUGCUCUCUGGGUGCUGACACCAAACCUCUCU